AUGUAGUUAUAGCCAAGAGUGAUGAAUAGGAAGCUAACAAUAAGAGACCCGCGCGCCCCAAGUCCACAGCCAGCGAGCCUGGGGCUGAGCCAAUGGCCCAGGCUCGCUCCGCGCGCCUAAGUCCCAGGCUCGCUUCGCGCGCCUAAGUCCUGGGCCGGGGCGCCCGGCUCACUCCGCGCGCCUAAGUCCGCGCCCGGUUCGCUCCGCGCGCCUAAGUCCUGAGCCGAGCGGAGAGUGGAUUCCUCACACCAACAACCCCGGCCGCCGCCAUUGGAUUGCCGUCAAACACGUCCUUCGCUACCUUCGCGCCACGUACCGCGAUGAGCUUCUCUAUGCCCGCGGCCCAGCAAAAGUCACGGGUGUGGUUGGUUAUUCUGAUGCGAACUGGGGCGCCUGCGUCGACACAUCCAUUUCAACGAUGGGCUACGUAUUUUACUUGGCAGGCGCCGCUGUCUCUUGGUCGUCGAAGCGUCAGACUCGGGUAGCGGAUUCCACCACUGAUGCCGAGUACCUGGCCUUGUCGCACGCGGGUAAGGAAGCGAUCUACCUUAACCAACUCCUCUCCGAGCUCCACGUUUGCCCAAUCGCUGCAGCUCACAUCUUCACCGACAACGAGGCCGCGGCCGCCGUCGCUCACGACCCCGUUCGCACCUCCGGCACCCGGCACAUUCGCCUCCGCGAGCAUUUUGUCCGUGACAUGGUCAAUCGAGGUGAUAUCUCUCUCUCACACGUUGGCACAGCAGACAUGGUUGCGGACGUAUUCACCAAAGCGCUAGGCCCCAAGAUUUUUGGUACACAUUGCUAUGCUCUAGGCCUCCGGACGCGACAUCCACGGCUCAAGUCUACCUCGCGUUCGCGUGGGGGGGGGUGUGAGGAAUCCACUCUCCGCUCGGCUCAGGACUUAGGCGCGCGGAGCGAACCGGGCGCGGACUUAGGCGCGCGGAGUGAGCCGGGCGCCCCGGCCCAGGACUUAGGCGCGCGAAGCGAGCCUGGGACUUAGGCGCGCGGAGCGAGCCUGGGCCAUUGGCUCAGCCCCAGGCUCGCUGGCUGUGGACUUGGGGCGCGCGGGUCUCUUAUUGUUAGCUUCCUAUUCAUCACUCUUGGCUAUAACUACAUCGCUGACGUAGUAGAGUUGAUCGAAUAGGUAUGUUGAAAUGCAUUCAUCACUCUUGGCUAUAACUACAUCGCUGACGUAGUAGAGUUGAUCGAAUAGACGCCCACCUACCCAAGACAUUCUGGGAGGAGGCUGCAGCUUAUUUCGUUUACUGCAAGAACCUGUGUCAACACGCGGCCCUGGACAAGGCAACACCAAACUCCGUCUGGCAGGGUGACCACACCACUGCCUCGGCGCUUCACCCGUUCGGCUGUACAGCUUGGCUUACGGUCGCGCCCGAACUUCGCUCCAAACUCGACCCGAAGGCGGUUCGCGUUUUUUUCACCGGCUACGACCUGGCUUCAAAAGCCUUUCGCUUCUACGACACUACAACACAGAAGAUUAUACUUGGCAGAAAUGCCACGUUCCUCGACACUGAAUUCCCCGGAUUACAUGGCGACCCCACUGAGCAAGACGGCGACACGCACUUCGCCAGCGCUCCCACCACCGAAUCUCAAACCGUUGUCAAGACAUGGACCCCACUAGUAAGGUCGGCGCACAUGGACGUCUCAUCCCCCCUUGAUGAUUCUGCCAUGAGCGCCGUUGACGUGGCCCCAGGGUACACUGGCGGAACCUUACUUAACUUCACAGAUGCCGAAUCGUCCUCGUCACCGUCGCCUGCGUCGCCCUCAUCACCGUCGUCUGCGCCAUCGCCUGCACUUUCACCAUCGUCGGCUGCGUCAUCGUCACCCUCGGCCUUACCGACCGACUCUGAAGACUCCGCCGAUCCCCUCGACCUCCUCGGCUCACAGCCCCAGGUUCGCCUCGAUCUACAGGACGUGCACCACCCAGACUUCAGCACGUACCGCGAGCCCGCAUCGGCUGAGGAGUCGCCCGACGAACUCGACCUCAUUGGGCGCCACUCUCGCGACGAAUCUCCGGACGAAAUCGAUUUCCUCACCCGACACCACCGCGCCUUCAUCGCCAUCGACGACGACACCUCUGACACAGAGGCAAUUCAGCCAGUCAAGUCCAUCACGAGCGACCCACAGACCUGGCGCGAGGCGAUGUCUAGCGACAAGCGUGAAGUAUGGGCCAAAGCCGCCACCGACGAGUUCACCUCCAUGCGCGACGACUUCAAGGUCUUCACCAUCGAGGACCGAGCCACGGUGCCCGCGGGUGCGACUAUCGUUACAUCCAAGUUCGUCUGGAAAACGAAACGGAACGCACUCGGCGAAGUCACUGGACACAAGGCAAGGCUGGUCGCGCAAGGCAAUCGGCAACGCGACGGCAUCGACUUCAACGAAACGUUCGCACCGGUCGCACGCUUCUCCUCGAUACGCUCACUCCUCGCGCUGGCGGCCGCCAACGGCUUGCACGUGCACCAGGCGGACAUCGACAAAGCAUAUCUGCAUGGCGACCUUGACCACGACAUCUGGAUGACGGCACCGCGCGGCUUCGACCUUCCCAGCGACAAGGUGCUUCGCCUGCGACGCUCCAUCUACGGGCUCAAACAGGCUGGCCGAAUCUGGAAUCGACACAUCGACGCUUCGCUUCGGGCCCUCGGUUACACGGCGACGGGCACCGACCACUGCGUAUACUCUUGGCUCGAUGAUCGUCAAUGUCCACACUACAUCGCACUGUACGUCGACGACCUCCUGAUGAUCAGCCCGGAACUGGCCGAAAUCGAACGUGUCAUCUCAGGCCUGGACCAACGCUACGGAGUCAAGCGCCUCGGCCCGGCCGAGUAUAUCCUCGGCAUCCAGAUCAGGCGGUUCGACGACGGCUCUAUCGCCCUAUCCCAGGAACGGUACAUCAUGGACGUGCUCGCUCGGUUCCACUUCGACACCACGACUCGCGGCACUACAGUUCCGAUGACUCCCGGCCUUUCGCUCACUGCUAUCCCGGGUCAAGGCACCGAACGGAUCAGGUCAUGGUAUCUGCAGGCUAUCGGCUCGCUCCUCUACAUUUCGCUCGGUACCCGCCCUGACAUCGCCUUCGCCGUGUCCUACCUGGCCCGCUUCGCCAACAACCCCGGUCGUCGUCAUUGGAUUGCGGUCAAGCACAUCCUACGCUAUCUCCGGGCCACGUAUCGCAACGAACUCGUGUAUGCUCGCGGCCAGGCUCGCAUCACGGGUGUGGUAGGCUACUCCGACGCGAACUGGGGGGCCUGCAUCGACACAUCGGUGUCCACCAUGGGCUACGUCUUCUACAUCGCUGGCUCGGCCGUGUCCUGGUCGUCCAAACGCCAGUCUCGAGUUGCCGAUUCGACCACCGACGCUGAAUACCUCGCCCUCUCGCAUGCUGGCAAGGAAGGGAUUUACCUCAGUCAGCUGCUCGAAGAGCUCCAUGUACAACCUGUUGCACCGGCUCACAUCUUUACUGACAACGAAGCCGCUGCUGCAGUUGCUCACGAUCCUGUCCGCGUCUCUGGCACUCGGCACAUACGCUUGCGUGAGCACUUCGUUCGGGACAUGGUGAAUCGGGGCGACAUCUCUCUCUCGCAUGUGGGUACCAGCGACAUGGUGGCCGACAUCUUCACCAAGGCUCUCGGCCCAAAGGUCUUCUCAACGCACUGCUACGCCCUCGGCCUUCGCACUCGACACCCGCGGCUUGGGUCUGCCUCGCAUUCGCGUGGGGGGGGUGUGAAGAGUCCACUCUCAGCUCGACAGGGGCGCCUCGGUCGUUGCGCGCACUUGCUAGCCCGCCCCCGGCGGUGGGGACUUAGACGCGCGCGACUGCCUCAGCGCGCCAGCGCCGGCGGAUUCAUGCGCGCGCCCGCUAGCCCGCCCCCUUGCGGUGGGGACUUAGGCGCGCCGGCGAUUUCACCCGCGGCUGACUUAGGGAUGUACAUUGUCACGCGCCUGGGACUAUCCCAGCGUGGCCCCCCCCUUUCUGUUUCUUAGCUUCCUUCUCAUCACUUCUGUUCGACUCUCAACCUCUCCUGACAGUAG